CCCAAUUUCUACAUUCAAUAUGCCUCAACAAAAGACCAUAGCCAUAACCGGUGAAAUGGCCGAAAGAGGCUACCAAGUCUAUGCCUGUGCAAGGAGAUUGGAGCCAAUGGAAGAAUUAAAGAAGUACGGCGUCAAGACCUUUACUUGUGAUGUCACUGACUUGGAAAGCGUUAAAAAAGUCAAAGCUUACGUUGAAAAGGAGACCAACGGCAGACUUGACGUGUUGUACAACAACGCUGGCCAGUGUACGUACACAAAUCAUUAUAUCUUGAAGCAAUUACUAAUGCAACUCAACAUGCAUCUUUCCAGUGAUCGACAUUACUGACAAACAGGCAUUGUAAUGCUUCCAGGCCAACGUUCUUGGUCCGGUUAGAAUGACACGAGAGUUAUCUUUGCUUUUGAUUGAAGCCAAGGGUAUCAUCGUCUUCACUGGAUCUAUUGCGAGUACCAUGCCUUUCCUAUGGGGCCCCAUCUACGGUGCCACCAAGGCUGCGAUUCACCAGUUUGCGGCUGUCUUGCACUUGGAGAUGAAACCAUUCGGCGCUAGAGUGCUCAAUGUGGUUACUGGGGGUGUUAAGACGAAUAUCGCAGACACCAUACCUUUCCCAGAGACCUCUGUCUAUACCUGUCCUGAACUUGACGUUUCGAUUGUUGAGAGAAGACAAAUAGCCAUAAAAAACUAUCCAAUGUUGGCCGAAACUUACACCAAGAAGGUUGUUGAUGAUAUCGACUCCAACAGCAAUAGGCUCAACGUCUACAGAGGGACCAUGGCUACCAUUUUUCCAACUCUUGUAACGAUCAUUCUACAAUGUAUCGUGGAAAGAAUGGUUUCAGUGAAGUUCAAGUUGUUGCCACUCUGAGCUACCCUCAAGAAAAGAUCUCCCAAGAAAGCGAAUUAGUUUAUGUGGAUGACCUCGGUUUGUGGAUAUGCGCCUUACAGGUAAUACCACACAGGAGUUGAAUGUAAGACCGUCUAAAUCUUCUGUACGCAAAAGGUUUAGAGUAGCCAGGAUUUUCUCUCAGCUAAUUAUGUCUACAGUUACCUGCUAGAUAUACUACAAAAUGAAUAAACGGUUGAAUUAAUAUAACCCAG